CUGUGAUCAUCAGCUCAGCAAAACAAAAGCAAAAACGGAUUGGUAGACGCGUUGUCUACAAAAUAUAGCAGUGCGAUAAUCUGUAGGAAUAAGUAUACAAAGUUGUCCUCAAGUUUACCAAAAAUCAUUCUUAAAAAGGACCGGGAAGCAUUUGCUGCAUUUAUAGCUAACCUUCUUGGUUCUCUGCAUGGCGCUCAAGCAUGUUGUUAUAGGCGGAGGCAGUGGUUUUAUCGGGAAGCGUCUCGCUAAAACCCUUAAUGCGGAUGGCUAUGAAGUAACCACGAUCUCACGGAUGCCAGCAAUUAAACGCAUGACAUGGCACGAUCUGGAAAAAGACGGUCUUCCCGAAGGUACGUCCGCUGUAGUCAAUCUCGCCGGUCAGAAUGUGUUAGAUCCAACGCGCCGAUGGACUCCCGGCUUUAAACAAAACGUUUGGAAUUCUCGCAUCAACACAACAGCGGCGUGUGCCAGGGCAAUCGAAAAAGCAACGGUGAAACCACGCGUUUUUGUCAGUAUUUCCGGCGUCAGUCAUUACCAAGCCGGAUCGCAGAUUAACACGGAAGAAUCGAAAACAGUCGAAUUUGAUUUUAUGUCUAAGUUGUGUCACGAAUGGGAAAAGGCGGCUAAUUUACCGGAAAAUUCUAUUUGUCGAGCGGUGAAGAUACGCUGUGGAGUGGUAAUAGGACGAGAAGGUGGUAUGAUUCAAUCACUGAUUCUACCAUUCUGGUUAGGACUUGGAGGUCCUAUAGGCGACGGAAGCCAUGAUCUGCCAUGGAUUCAUAUUGAUGAUCUGUGCAACUUGAUUAAAUUUGCAAUCGAGAAACCAGACGUCAACGGUGUGCUAAAUGGAGUAGCACCAGAUAUGAUAACUAAUAAAGAUUUUACUAAGGCGUUUGCCUCGGCUCUAAUUAGGCCCGCAAUUUUCCCAUUACCCGAGUUUGUACUUAAUUUGAUCUUCGGCCUGGAGCGUGCUGUCCUCUUGACGAAAGGGGCCAAGGUUGCUCCGAAGCGUGUGCAGCAGUUUGGCUUUAAUUAUCGAUAUCCCGAUAUCAAAUCUGCAUGCAAAGAUGUCGCUAGAUUUUUUUAGUAAACUUACCGAAUUUACCUGUCAUACCAUUACAGUCCAUCAUUUCACAAUCAACAAAAAAUAAACAUUGGUUAAAAUUAA